GUAUCGACAUUAACCAUAAACAUGACCGAAAGGUGCGACGAACGGAACCCCGGUCGCAGGACGUUUAUUUGCGACUACUCGUCAAGCUCUAUCGGUACUUGGCGAGGAGAACGAACUCUAAGUUCAACAAAAUCAUCCUCAAAAGAUUGUUUAUGAGUAAAAUCAAUCGUCCACCAAUUUCGCUGGCACGAAUUGUUCGUUUCAUGAAGAAGCCAGGCCGUGAAAACCGCAUCGCAGUCAUUGUUGGUACAGUCACCGACGAUGCUAGGAUCUUUGAAGUUCCUAAGUUGACGGUGUGUGCUCUCCGAGUGACAGAGAAGGCUCGAGGACGCAUCCUGAAGAAUGGAGGUGAGAUCAUCACAUUUGAUCAGUUGGCUCUCCGCGCUCCAACUGGCAAAAAAACUGUCUUGAUGCAGGGACGUCGCAAGGCCCGUGAGGCAGUUAGACACUUUGGACCAGCUCCUGGUGUUCCUCACUCCCACACGAAACCCUUCGUCAGAUCUAAGGGCCGUAAGUUUGAAAGGGCUCGUGGACGAAGACGUAGCUGUGGCUACAAGAAGUAAUUUGUUUCCCAUCGCCGAUAUUUAUUGCACUGCUUACGUUCUACAAGUACAUUCGUUCGUUUACGCUUUGUAUUUUUACCAUUACAUUUUCUCUGUAAGAGGAACGUGGGAAAUAAAUAUUGGCACUUGUACAAUUUACAAUUUCUCUUGGAGAUCAAGGAUCUUUUUAUUAAUAAAACUUAAUUACAGCCAAA